AUGAACAAAACCGCCGAAGAGCUGCUCGACAGUUUAAAGUGUGCUUCAGACGGUCUAGCCAGUGCUCUGACCUCUGUUACACUUAAAUUUAACUGUGCAUUCAUUUCAACAAUUGUUCUAAUCAGUUACUGUUUUUCUUGGCUAGCAAUUCAAGCUCUUUGGAAUAAUAAUAUAUUCUCAAAUUCAACAAGACUAAUUUUAAUAGUGUGUUUGCUGAAUUCAGUCGUUCAUCAGACGACGGUGAUGGAGACACGGAUCACCCAGAUAUACCGAAGCAUCGUGUUUGCCUCAGAACCUUGCGAGAUAUUAUUCCGCUCAUCAGAGUGUGAAAUUGAACUGUACUUCUAUUACCUCACAAACUACUUUUCCACGUAUUCAGUUUUCUCUCUCACGUUUGACAGAUUGAUAUCUCACUACAAGUCAAAAUACUACCACAUGCAUCAAUACUUUAUUGCGAUAUCCCUGCUAGUCCUCCAGUUUCUUCUCGCAAUCUUAUCAUUUUAUAUUGCAUACCAUGGAGUCCCACUAGCUGGUUAUGUGCCAAUGUGCAACUACUACCCAAAAAUGGCGGUACACCAUAUCACUAUUAACGACGUACGCACGGUAGUUAUGGUAUCAUGCAUUAUAGUCACGGGGUUCGCAUACUAUCUUAGUGUAAAGUCAGAGAAACAAAUCCAGAAAUGCAGUUAUUCCCCUGGAGAACGAUAUUCUGCAUAUGAGAAUGUUACAACAUCGCAAUCAGUGUGCAUAUUAAUUGUUCUUCAAUUCUCAUGCACCAUGAUAUCGUCAUUCGGAGUGAAUCUGCUCUUGAUGAUGCAAGAAGCAGUGUCAGAGGAAACAUUCACAAAAGUUGGUGCGUUCCUUCCGGGAGUAGCCUACGCGAAUCUAUGCCUUCCACUUGCCAUCUACUUCAAGACAAAACUAACUAUUCAAAACAGGAAAUUACGAAUUGCAGUAAUGAUAUCAAUGUAUGGAGAUGUCGGAGAACAUAUUGCUCGGCUGAAGAAGAGUUGGGAAUAUUGA